UAGGCCUAUUUUAUAAUUUUAUUUAUACCAUAUUUUAUUGGUAUCAAUUAAUAUAAUUACAGUUUUUAUUUACUUAGGGGUUCAUAGUGUAUGUCAAUGAAUAAUUAGUAGCCUGUUAAUAAACUAGGCCUAAUCAUGACCCAAACACUUUACGACUCCCUUCAAGGAUUGAACUCUGAAGUGAUUACUGUCGGAACCCUCUUGGGAACUGGUGAUUUUGCUGAUGCAGCCAAUACCAAUGAUGAAGAAGACUUGUUCCAGUGUGGGAAGUGCAAGAAGCAAUUUUACUCACUUGGGACUUUCAUGACGCACAAAAAAACUCACCAGCUGAAUGAUUACCAAAGCUCUCAGAAACUUCUGACGGAAAGUGCUGCGCCAGGUGAGGACUUGCAGCCAGUCACACUUUUGCAGCCUGACGAUGAUGAUCGUCUUCAGCUGCAACCAAUCAUCCUGAGCGAGUCGGACAUCUUGUCUUUCAGCAUCGGCCAACCAGGGCUCAGCCUCUCUUCUGAGCAGGGUCUUAACAGUUUUGAAGACAAUGAGGCUCUUCUGAUGCCGGAAGAAGACGAUUCCCAGCUGAAAGAUUCAUCAGAGAUGUCACCCAAUCUUCAAUUCAGAUCUGCUCAGAUAAUACUUACUACUGAGAUAAGCAAAGAUCAGCCGAUACAAAUGAUUCUGCCGAACCUUACUGGACAUGAGUCAGAGUCGUACAGUUUGGACAAUCACAUCCUUACACUCGAGGACACUGCGAUGUUGGAACAGUGCCCAGAGGACGAAUCGGUGACACCAGAGUUUGUAGAUGGUGGAAAAGAACAAGGAGUGAAAAGCAAGCAACUGACAUGCCUCUAUUGCAACAAGGAGUUUACUAAGAGCUUUGACCUUCAGCAGCAUUUACGCUCUCACACGGGUGAACGACCUUUCCAGUGCGUCGUCUGCGGUCGGUCCUUCACGCAGAAGUCAAACGUCAAGAAACACAUGCGAACACAUAAGGUGUGGCCGCAAAAAAUGAGAAGUCUGCCAGAGAAGCCAUUAGAGAAGAUAACUGAACCGGCUGGCGAAGAAGUGGUUGUUGUAAACAACUCGUAUACUUGCCAAUUCUGUCCCGAGACCUUCAGUAGUUUUGCACAACUUAAAACACAUCGGAAAGCUCACACUGACAAUAAGAUAUUCCGGUGUAUCCAGAGCAAGUGUGGACAGAUGUUUGAGAACCUGCAGCAGUUUCUGCAGCACACAGCCUCGCAUCAGACGCAGAACGACGUGCAGUACAGAUGCUGCAUGUGCAGACAGGUGUUCACAAACCUGGAUGAGCUCGGCACCCACCAGAACACUCACACAUUGCCCAUCAAGAGCAAACAAGGGCCUUUUGUGUGCAAGAUAUGUAAAGCCAAAUUUACAACAGUAGAAGCUUUUGAGAGACAUCAGACUGAAGAAACUCACUUUUACCAGUGUCCACAGUGCAGCAAGGUCUACGUAUCAGAAAGACAUUUACGCAAACAUCUAGCAACUCAUUCUUCCAUCAAUUCCCACAUCUGCUCAGAAUGCGGAAAAGGAUUUAAGACUCGUCAGAACCUUAGAUAUCACAGAGUGACACAUCAAGGCGAGAAGUCGUACGAGUGCAAGUUCUGCUCAGCCUCGUUUGGUCGCCAAGACAGACUGAUAAGGCAUAUGAUGAUACACGACCCGUCACACAGAUUUAAAUGUCCGUUCAACAAGAGUUUGGGCUGCAAGAAGGAGUUUUAUCGCAAGGACAAGCUGAAGCAGCAUCUGUUGUCACACACCACUAACAAGGAUCUCAGAUGUAAAGGGUGUUCUCGGACGUUCAAACAGAGAGUUCAGCUGACCCGGCAUGAGGCUGUGUGUGUGGGAGAGAACAAGCCUUGUAAAGACUGCGGUCACGUCACUGCCAGUCUGGAUCGUUACAAGAAUUCUUCUGUAAAAGUCAAGAAAAACAAAGAACAUUUGAACAGACGAAAACAACGAUUGCUAGAGAGCAGGAAACCAUUUGACGAUGGAGUUCCGACGAUUCAAGUCGUUGUGGUACCACUGACUGAUUCCCAGGCACCUUUGACGUCAUAGCAGCAAAUCUGGAGAUGUUUAGUAUAAGUUUCAAAGGUAAAAAUCCAGUUUCACAAUGUCCAAAAUUAAAUGUUGAGCUGUUUUCUGUUAACAAAGACUAAAUAUUUGACUAAACACCUUAAUGUUCAAAAUUGUUUCACAGAACAUUUUACUCUUUAGUCUUUGUUAAUAAAGCCUAUGUGUAGUAAAUUAUAUUUGGCACACUGAGAUGUAUAUUCAAAAAUGUAUAUUAUAUAUAUAUAUAUAUGCAAAUAUUUAAAAAAAAAGUAAAGCAAGUAUUAUUGGACAUUGUGAAUCAUCACUUUAUUGUACUGGUGAUGCUCAGUUUUGAGCACUGGUCACAGUGGCUUAUAUUUCAAAUAAAGUAAUAUCUUUCAUUAACCCAUUGAUACCAAAAUAUUUGUGUAUUUUUUUAUUUUUGUUAUGUUCUUUUAUGUCGAUUUUGAUGAAAUUCGUUAUGUGGGUUCUUUGGUAUAUUUUUUAGUGAUUUUUAAUAGUAGUUUUUCCAUAAAAUAACGGAAAAAUUGUAUUUUUCAUAAAACUGCCUGAAUGAUUUGGAUAAAAAUGUGGUACCCGGUGUGUUAUAGUUAUAUGUAGAACUUUUGACUCUAAACCAAAUUAUACAACCCCCAUGCCUUAGAAAGUAUGGUUAAAAAGUUUUUAAAACUUUUGUGAUUUCCCCAUUUAAUAACACAUAAUUUGACUUUCAUAAUGAUUUUGAUUCAAAUUUAGUGUGUUAUAGUCCUUUUAACUCUAAAUAAAAGUUUAUAACCUCCAAUUCUGUAAAUAUUACUGUUCAAAAGUUAUUGCAAAGUUUGUGAUUUCCCCCAUAAAAUAUCACAGUUACUCCCACGACUUGCCCAUUAAGAGGGUUGGUGACAAGCUAAUGGGAGAAAGUAUGAGUCAGAUUGCUGAUAACAGAUACAGUUUAGUUAUUUUUGUACAUUUCUCUUGAACACCAUACUAAAAUCCCUUGCCUGCUAAUAAGCCAAUAGCAUUUAAUACUUUUAUAGUUGUUAAGUAGUAACUUAUCAUUAGGUUAUAUUGAGCCAGUGGUAAUUUGUAAAUAAAUCUUAUAUGUUAAAGAAAUUAUUGUUUGUGAUAAAUCUAAUAAAUCAUGUUUAGUGUUUAUAA